AUGACAAAAAUAUACAACAAACUCAAGAAGACUCUGAGGUCAUUUGACUCCUACGGAUCUCCUAUAUCGCUUACUUAUAAAAAUAAAACUAAAUUCCAAACUUCAAUGGGAGGAAUUAUUACUAUCCUCUUCAGAUUGGGAGUAAGUAUUUACUUUGCACUUUAAGUGAUGCGAAUUAUUAAGUAUGAAAAAACUGUCCAUGUCAAAAAUAUCGAUUAAGGAGUUAGUGAUAACCUAUCAUACGACAUUAACAAGAACAAUUUCGACAUAGCGAUCGGCUUCACAUUUGAAAACCCUUAUGCUCACAUGGAUGGCUUGCUGCAUCCUUAUCAGUACGUGGAAUAUUCUGCUCUCAUUCAAACUGAUCAUAUUACUGUAGAUAAUGAUGGAUUUUAAAAUAUAUAGAGACAAAAGCAGUACUUGGAAUUCGAAAGGUGCACUUUAGACAAUUUCGCUGGACUAUAACAAUAAAUAAAGCUUCAUGACAUUGACAAGGCAGGUUGGUUCUGUAUUAAGGAUCUCAACUUCAAACUAUAAGGGCUAAAAGCUAAUCUAGAUAAAACAACUCUCUAAUUGCAUAUAUCGCCAUGCCAGAAUAGAACUAAUGCCACUAUAAAUAGUAAUUAGCACUAUAGUCAGUAUUCUAAUGUGACUUGCUAGUCAUAGGAGGAAAUCAAACGAUUUACAAAAGAUGUGAUACCAAUUAUUGGGAUCUUGGAUCAUCACUUUGAUGAGCAGUAGUUCGGAGAUGCAAAUAAAGUCAAAGCAGAAAUCACGCUGUUGAGGUAGAAUCUAAAACUAGAUCUCUCUUUUACAAAGCUUAUUGAAGUUUAAAAAAGUUUUUUGACUACAAAAGACAACUGGUUUGCUUCACCUUUAGAUCACGAUGACUAUGAAUUCUAUCAAAUUAUACAAGAUCAGGUAAUGAUUGGGGAGAUAGUAGACGAGGUCUAUGAAAUGUUCUCACUCUACAUAAACUGUGCAAAGAAGCAGGCAUUUUUCGAAAGGCAGAGAUAUUCAUUUAUUGAUGCUCUAACGGAAACAGGUGGAUUUGCAGGAUCUCUGGCUCUAUUUGCUCAAGUCUUUUCCCAGUUCUUUUCAACAAUUUUCUUUGAGCAUAUACUUAUUAAAAGACUAUUGUUUUCCAAAGGUAACAAAUUAAAGGAAAACUAGGUAGCAGACAGUUCAAACUAGUAACACCUUGAUUACUUCAAAGCCAAAACUAAACGAGAAAAAGCUUUGGUUAUAAAAUAGGCUUUUGAGUAAUUUUUGCCAUUGCAUCUAAAUAAUCUGCGGCUUUGGUUUAAAGAAAAAAUGUAUAUGAUGCUAUGCCAGAAAAAACGAUUAAAUCUGGUUAGGCGGUAUGAUAUUUAUAAACGAGCUUAGAAAAAGGUGUAAAAUAAGAUUGAUAUUGUAAAUAUACUCAAGAAACUAUAGAUACUUGACAAUGGAUUCAAGUUGCUGCUAAGUGAUUCCUAAUACAAAUUAAUAAAGCUGCUCAAUCAUAAAGAAAUUAAAUCUGAAUCUGAUCAAUUUAAAUUUCCGAUUGAGGAGCAUAUAUUCAAGGUAUUGUAAGGUUCUAAAUAGGACAGAACAGGUAUAGAUUCAAAAUUAAAAUCAAUAAUAAACGAGCAAGUAAUUUAACUUAACUAAAUCAAAUCCUAGUCCUCCAAAGAUAUUUAAAAGGAGCGCUAGGAUAGUUACAAUAAGAGAGUGACUAAAGCUUCUAUUGAUAAGUUUGAAGAUUUACCAUCAACAUCCCGUAGAGAUUCAGAAGGGAACGUAAAGUUGAAUUCAAAUGAUGACAUAAUAAUCCAGGAGUACCUUAAUGAGAUAUCUGAAGACAAUAUGAAUUAGUAUAGAAGCAGAGCUGAGCAUGAUGAGAUGAACACUACCAAGGAAUUUAGCAACACAAUCAGAAAACUGAUUUAAAAUUGA